UUUUUUUUGGACAAACAUUUCCCUUCAAUCUAAAGCCUUCAUGGAGAGUAAAGAAAAAUUCAUAUAUCAUGAUCAACUAAAUUAAUGUCUUUCCCUUCACAUCUUCUUCGCAUUUCUCUCAACAACAACAUACUAGAACAAUAACUCAAUCAAAAUCAAAAAAUGGGAGCAACAAGAACAUUCUAUUUUCCCUCUCUUCCACUAAUAAAAACCAUAUUAUUAAUCUCACUGCUUCCGUCUCAUCUAAAAGGUUCGACUUCCACUAGUAGUACUACUCAAGAACCUUUCAAGGAAUCUUCAAGGCUUCUCGAUCUUCUCCUAAGAGACUACAUUCUAAACUCUUUUAAGAAUCAACAUUACUCAGUCAAGACCGGCGUUGUUCGGCAUAUUCAUCUUCCCUCUAACUACUCUGGCAUAAACCUCGACGCUGUUAGGUUCCGGUGUGGGAGUUUCCGGCGAUAUGGAGCUCAACUCCAAGAAUUCCAUAUUGGUGUUGGAGCGAUUCUUGAACCGUGUGGUGAACGUCUUGUGCUCGUGAGACAAAUCUUGGGAUCAAAUUGGUCUGAUAUCUAUUACAAGAACUAUGAUCUCUCCGGUUAUAGACUUGUCUCUCCGGUUCUAGGUCUCUUAGUUUAUAAUGCAUUAAACGACAUUGUUUUGGGUAAUAAUUUCCGCAGCUCUUAUCAGAUAAGUCUUCUCCUAGACAAUGCUAAAGAUCCGUCCACCGUUGAUUUUGGAAACAUUUCUGGACCGUCGAUGGUAGUGGUAGAAAGAACAUUCUUGAAUAAGCCAAUGUGUGCAGCUUUCGGACUAGAUGGGAAAGUAACGUUUGCUGGAGAAGUGAAGCCGUAUGUCUGCGCCGUUAAAACUAACGGACAUUUUGGUUUAGUGGUGACAGAUGAUCAGGAUUCGUCCAAGUCGGCUGGUGGGGGAGAGAAGAAGAUGAAGAAGGAGAAGAUCGGACGGUGGAGAUCGGUUGUUGGAGGGCUUGUUGGAUCUGUGACGGUGGGAAUAGUGCUUUUAGGGCUUGUGAUGGCGGCAGCAGUUGUGACGGCAAAGAAGCGGGGGAGAAGGGCAAAAAGGGAAGAAAUGGAGAGAAAAGCUUGUGAAGAAGAAGCUCUGAGAGUAGUGACAAUGGUGGGGCAUUCUAGGGUUUUUGUUGCUUCUGCUACAAGGACUUUGCCUGGUUUCAUGGAACAUGAGUGUGUUCCAAAUUAAUUAAUUUACGUACGUUUGGUUUUUUUUUUUUUUUUUCCUUUUCUUGUAAAAAAGUUUUCAUUAAAUAUAUAUUCUGUUGGGAGUAAACAUAUACGGUAUUUAG